AUGCUAUUAAUGACUCAUGAUCCUUUUCAGAUAACUAACGGUUUAGUUCCAAGUGGUAUUGGUCAACAUAUUAAUCCAUUACGUAAUCCUCUCUAUUCAAAUCAACAACAACCAUUGACGACUGAGGUUGGAGCAAUGCCUCAGUACGGAGGAGGGACCGAAAAAUGUGCCAGAUGCAUGAAAAGUGUCUAUAUGGCAGAAAAAAAGGUUGGCGCAGGAAGGCCAUUUCAUACUCGAUGUUUUAGUUGUUACACAUGUAAAAGAAAAUUAGAUGCGAUGACAUUAACUGAACAUAAAGGAGAGAUUUUUUGUAGAGGAUGCUAUACACGUCAAUACGGUGUUCAUGGUGUAGCAAGUGGUGUUACAAUGUCUACGGAAAAUCCUUCAAAAAAUUCAUCUACUCGUCAUCCUCGUCGUUCAUCCUAUGGCGACGAUUUAAACGUUAUUUAUCCACCACCAUCUCAAAAUCAAAAUAUACGUCAACGUAGUCAUUCAAAUGAAGGUUUAGUAGAUGAGGGCAACAACUAUUCUUCAUGGAAAGAUAACGUUAUACCAAUCAACAAAGACAACAACAAUCGCUAUCCACAGGCUAUAAAUAAUAAUAAAACGUUCUCGAAACAAGAUCAAGAAAUAAGAUAUGAAAACGAAACAACUCUCAACAUCGAUCACCCAACAGCAACAAAUCGAAAAUAUCAUGGACUCGAAGCAAUCAUCAAUUAUCAUAAUGUUACACCCACACAAGUUUCUCAACGACCAAGUGGUAUGUCAAAUUUUAUUGAAAUACCUGUAACACCAAAAGCCGAUCGACAUAUACAUGUAGGAGCAGUUAGUGAACUAGUACUGAAUAAAUCAGCAAUAAAACCAUCAGAAUCACCAUAUAGUAACCGAAGUAGAAGUCCAUCACCCGUUGAUUAUCAGCAACAAAGGAGUACAGAACGACUAAUUGAAGUUAAUAAAGAAAAGCAUUCUCAUUUAACAGGCAAUGAUCAUCCAACAAUAAAUUUUGCCAGUGAAAAAUUCGUUGAACCUGAUACAUCCUCAAAAUAUCGUUAUAGUGAAACGACUCAUAAUUUAAGCUCUUAUACAAGUGACUCAAAACAACAAAAGAGUACUGGUACAACAAAUACAACGUAUCAAAAAUCAAGAGAUUCAUCACCAACUAGCUACGAUAGAUAUAGUAGUACUAUAAAGCCAAGGGAUUCUUCAUCGAUUAAGUAUGAUACUAGUUCAACAACAUACGAUCGUUCUUCACCACGUAAUUCCUCCUACAAUUAUGUUGAACAAACAACGAAAACAGUGACAACUACUAACCAUAGUGGUGGCAUGUAUGAUAGGUCAGGUUCAUCCUCGUCAUCACAAUUUAGUGAAUCGAAAAUACCAGCAAAAGAUUAUAGCCGCUACGCCGACACAGUAAACAACAAUAUGCAUAGUUAUACCGAUAUAACUAGUCCAAUCUCUGUUCUCCCAUCAAUCACUCGUUUAUCCUCAUCUACUUCAACAACAUCAACCUCUCGAGGUGCAUCUGACUCGGCUUUAGGUAGUUUCGUGUCAACAACACAUAAUAUGGCUUCGAAUAUGACAUCAUCCCCAGUGGAUUCAGUUAAAAAUCCAACACUAGCAGCAUUGAUCAAACCACAGCGACUAAGUUCACAGGAAAGCAGUAAUGAAUCUGAAGAUUAG